AUGGGGACUGUUCCACCUAUAGUAAUAACUGAUCAAGACCCAGCUAUGAAAAUUGCAAUUGCAGAUGUCUUUGGAGGUAGUCGUCACCGUUAUUGUAUGUGGCACAUAAUGACCAAGGUUAGCGAGAAAGUGGGCGCUGAGAUGUCAAAGAAUAACGAGUUCCGGAGGGCAUUGAAUAGUGUUGUGUGGAACGAGAAAGCAACGAGAACAGAAUUCGAGAUCGGGUGGAAAUCCGUAAUUGGGAAAUACAACCUUCAUGAAAACCGAUGGCUAACGCGUAUGUACGAGGAGCGUGCGUCAUGGGUGCCCGCAUUUUACGAUGAUGUGUUCAUGGGAGGGCUGCUACGUACCACUUCCCGUUCAGAGGCGGAGAAUAGGAUUUUCCAGGACGGUUUGAAGACAUAUAUGGUUGAGGAUGAAAAUGAGCAACGAUACACAGUCAUAGUGCAAGAUGGGAGCAACAUAUCAUGCACAUGCAGAAUGUACGCAAGAGUAAGUCUCCUUUGUAGCCAUGUUUUUGUCGUACUCAAAGAUGAACGUAUCGAUGACAUCCCCCCACAACAUAUUACACCACGAUGGACGCGAGACGCCGUGAAGCAAUCCCCCACUGAUACGGAUGGAGAAAAACAGAAUGGUAACAACGCUUUUGGGCAAGGCAAUAAUGAGGAAGGACAAAUAAUGAAUAUAUUUCAUAGAUGUUUGGGCAAGGCUAAAGGAAGACCAGAAAAAAUGAAGGAGAUAAGACUGUGGAUGGAAGAGUUUGAGGCAACAUUCGGGGAGGACGAAGGAGCCGAUUUGAAUGUAAGUGGAAAGGGUGCAAUAAUGGAGUCAUAUUGCGGCGUCAUAACCCCUAAGACGAUAGAAGUGCAUCCUCCACCCGUAGCAAAAACCAAAGGGUCUGGCAAACGAAUGAAAUCAGCAAGGGAGACAGCAAUGACGGAGCAUUAUAAGGAAAAACGCACCUGCAAAACAUGUGGACUAGCCGAUGGCCAUAAUAGCAGAAGCUGCCCUCAAAAGUAG